AUGGCUAGCUCGUCGACCUUCAUUAAAGUUGGUUUUGAAGGUUCAACAACAAACGGCAAUACUCGGUUUCACUUAAAUGAUCAACAUGCUUUAUCGAUGUCUGAACUCUCAGAAACGUUUCCGGGUAUUAUUGGUCUUAAAUAUCGUUUUGCGGAAUCUGAUGGAUGGAAAUUAGUGAUCAACAAAGAUGCUGAUGGCAAUUUAAAACCGGACGAUUGGGAUACAUGGCAUUGCAAUAUAGUUUAA